AUGGCGGUGGAACCGCUCAAGGCAUCUCCUGCCCUCUGGGUUCAGGUUGGGCGCCAGAUCUUCGGAUCGUCGGAACCGGGGGCGGGGUUGACGACUGUUUUGGACGUUGGCCUCGUCCGCGAUGGCUGCACCGCGGACGCUGAGAGCCGGGAGGGUGCUAAGGGCGGUGAUGCGGUUGAGUUUGACUAUGAUCGUGAGUGA